UAAAGAUGGACUGAUGCUGGUAGCGCUCUCCCCGAACGCACCCAAGAUGUGACCGCUGCGCAUGAUUAAUAGUUAUUACAUGUCGUCGGUAUGACAGGUUUUAUAACCUGAUAGUCGUCAACUUUAACUGUUAAUAUCUUCCUUCGCGGAGCAGAGCGACGCUUUUUACUUACAGAUUCGUGUUCUACGCACAAAAAUACACGAUAUUGUUUAGUUUUAAUCAAAUCGAAAUGCCUCGAUCCAAAGUUUCCGAUUUAAUUGGUGUACUCAAAGGAGUACAAAGUGUUAAAAAUGCUCUGAUAAAACAUCAACAGGAUGCAAUCAGAUAUAGGAUCAUACACUCUAGUAUAAAAAAUUUGCCUAAAAAUUGUUUACAAAGUGCUGGAAAGAAAUUGACUAACACAGAAUCAAGUAACAUUCCUGGACAGAUAACAAAAGAUUUGAGAGAUGUAAUUGAACGUAUAAGUGUGGUUCAAGAAGGUAUUAAACAAUAUAUUAAAAUAACAACUAAUCAAACUUUGGAUAUAAAAUAUAAUUAUAUUCCCAAAAAGGAAACAAAACUAUAUGUGUACAAUACUGCAAAAGAUCCUAAAGAAUUGCCUAUUGAAGAUGUCAUACUACCAAAAUAUAAUAAAUUGAUGACUCAAAAGUCUUUAGAAAGAGAAGACAUGCAAAAGCAUAGUCCGACAAAAAAGUAUAUGAGUGUAAAAGAAAAAAUUAAGACCAUUACUAAUUUAGAUAAAGAGAUACCUGACAUAGAAUUCUCUGAUAAGGAUAAAGAAAUCUUGCAAAAAUUAGAAUUGGAGCAUGAAAAGAAUAUUAAAAAUAGAAUUGCAAGUUCUGCUUGUCCUUCUAUAAUUAAAUCGCAUGAGAAGGAACAUGUAAAUAAUGUGCAAAUAAGUUCUAAAGAAAGGUCAAAAACUAAAUUAUUGGUUAGACCAAAGCAAUGUCUAUCACCUACUGCGAAAGAAAGAAAAGUUCCUUCUACAAGACUACAAAGAAUGAUAAGUUUUGGUACCUUAGGUAUUGGUCUUAGUUUUGGUACUGCUGUAGGAUAUACACGAAAAAUUUUAGGAUUAAAGGAACAAAGUAUUGGGGAUACAGUUGACAGUACAUUUCUUACUAAAGCUAAUGCAGAAAGAAUAGUUUCAACAUUAUGCAAAGUGAGAGGUGCAGCUUUAAAAAUUGGUCAAAUAUUAAGUAUCCAAGAUGAUACUAUCAUAAAUCCUGAAUUACAAAAGAUCUUUGAACGAGUUAGACAAAGCGCUGAUUUUAUGCCAAAAUGGCAAGUGGAGAAAGUGUUAGCUGAAGAACUUGGACAUGAUUGGAGAAAUAAACUUUUAUUCUUUGAGGACAAACCAUUUGCCGCAGCAUCCAUUGGACAAGUGCAUCACGGUACAUUAUUGAAUAAGCAAGAUGUAGCAAUAAAGAUUCAGUAUCCUGGUGUAGCUGCGGGUAUUCAGAGUGAUAUUAAAAAUUUAAUAGACAUAAUGAAGAUAGGAAAUAUAUUUCCAGAAGGAAUGUUUAUAGAUAAUGUCGUAGAAGUUGCGAAACGGGAACUGGCAUGGGAAGUGGAUUACAUAAGGGAAGCAGAGUGUACGAAAAAAUAUAGGGAAUUAAUAAUGCCUUAUUCAGAUUAUUACGUGCCUGCUGUAAUAGAUGAUCUCUCUACAAAGCAAGUAUUUACAACAGAGAUGAUAGAAGGUAUACCUGUUGACAAAUGUGUAGAUAUGGAUAUUAAGAUUAAGGAACGUAUAAGUGAACUGAUCAUGCGUCUGAGCUUAAAAGAAUUAUUUGAAUUUCGAUAUAUGCAAACUGACCCAAAUUGGUCCAAUUUUUUUUAUAAUCUUGAUACAAAACAGUUAAUUUUGUUGGACUUUGGAGCAUGUAGAAGUUAUGAAAAACCAUUUAUGGAUAAAUAUAUAGAAGUCAUUAAUGCUGCAAGCGAAGGAAACCGCAACAAGGUGUUACAAUUAUCUCAAGAGAUGAAAUUUCUUACUGGAUACGAGUCUGAGAUUAUGAAAAAUGCUCAUGUAGAUGCAGUCAUGAUUCUUGGGCAAGUGUUCAACAAUAAUCAUGAGUAUUACGAUUUUGGUGGUCAAGAUGUAACAAAACGAAUCCAAACCUUAGUGCCAACUAUAAUAAAUCAUAGAUUAUGCCCACCACCCGAGGAGAUAUAUAGUUUGCAUAGAAAAUUGUCUGGAAUAUUUUUGCUGUGUGCAAAACUUAGAGUUAAGAUCAAAUGUCGCGAUAUGUUCCGCGAGAUUUAUGCUAAUUAUAAAUUUGAUUGACACAUUUAUGUUGAUGUUAACAAAACAAUACAUAUUUUGAUCAAAACGUAUAAUUUAUUCUGCAAAAAUGUUUUUUCUUCUAAUACAAAAUGUAUAAUAAUAAUAAUAAUAAUGAUAAUGAUUAUUGAA